AUGGAUACAUCAUCGGUACUUGAUAAAUACACGCAAGAUCUCUCCAACUUACCGUUGGAAAUACGACAUUUACUUGAAGAAAUCAAGAAUAAGGAUAUUCACGCAGCUGAACUUCGAAAGCAAUGUCAAGCGAAAGACAACCAGAUCCACAAAUUCAUAAGAGCUAAUGGCACACUCGCAAAGCACCCCAAGGAGCAGCUGUUGUAUAACAAGAUAGAGGAGGAUGUGAAGCAGCUUAAAAAGAUUCAGAAAGAAAAGAUACUACUUGCAAACACUGCGUUAUUUUUAGUCUCGAAGCACCUUUUCAAUUUUGAAACAGACAUCACCAAACUAGAACGAGAUGAGCUCUUGCCCCCGCUCGAUGCUCCAGUAGAUGUACAGAAAACUAGAAAGGACGAAUACUUGAAUGCUUUGAACGGCCUUUCGGAUACGUUGUCGGCAACUCCAACCCCACGAAACGCAUUGUCAGUGACUCCGGCAGCGGAGCCAGUGAAGAAGGGACAAAAGCGGAAAGCUGCCAACAAAGGAGUUGUUUCUGUGGGAUCUACACCCGCAGCUACAGCAAACAGGGCAACCAAAAGAUUGCGUUCAGAAGAAGUGGAAGACACACUUGGCUAUGAUGCUGGAUCAUUGGCGCUAAGUGGGUCUACAGCUGAUAUACCAACGAACAUGGAUGGUCCCCAGGGAGAAGAUGCAGACAACAAGCUUUAUUGUUUUUGUCAAAGAGUAUCUUUUGGUGAGAUGAUUGGGUGUGAUAAUGAUGAUUGUAAUUAUUGCUUAGCAGCCGAUGCAGUUGCAGCAGCAGUAGCUGAUACCGCAGCUGCUAAUACUGCCACUGCCAACACCGCUACCGCUAAUACUGCCACUGCUAAUACGGCUACUACAGCUGCAACUACCGCACCUGGAGCUGUCGCUGCAGCCGCUAAUACAGCCACUACUGGAGCUACAACCGCCAAUACCGCCACUACUGGUACUGGUACUGAUACAGCAGCAACCAAGGCAGCAACCACAACCCCUGCUGCUGCUGCUGCAGGCGCUGCUACUGAUACUGCAACUACUGGUGCUGCAACAACAGGAGUAACUACCGGCACCGCGAAAACCGGAACAGCUACCACGGGAACAGCCACAACUCCAGCCGGUGCAGCCGCCACCACGCCUGCAACAGAGACAGACACCACAGGGGCAGCUACAACUCCAGCAGGGGCCGCGGCUACUACAGGUACUACAGGUACAACAGGGACCACGAAAGCCACCACAACUCCAGCCGGUGCAGCCGCGACCACUCCUACAACAGCUACCACAGGAACAACUACAACCCCAGCAGGUGCAGCAGCAGCAGACACUGCAGCCACUGCAGCCACUGCGGCAACUGGUGCUACUGACAGCUCAAACGAUAGCACAGCCGUCGACGAUACCACCAAGAGUCUUUCAUUUGUUACAACAAGAGUUAUGAGGUCAACUGCGUCGAGUGAUAGUCAAGGCUCGUCCACAAAUUCAGGCUCCGUGAGUAGUCAGUCUGGAAAUGGUGGAUCUUAUUUGGCAGCAAGCCCAUUUUUACUCUGUUUAUCAUCAAACCUUCAUCAACAGAGCCAGGAGCAGUACAAAUCAAAGAUGCUCAGAUGUGGACAGGUUGGGCUAAGAUCGCGAGUGAAUCACUUUUUUUCUACCCGGUUCCUUUCGUCACGAACUUCGUACGAGUAUAUCAAUGACUAUGACACGCUACACAGAAAAGUGAAAGCAUCGCUCCCGAGUAAUCCCACCAACAAAGAGAUUGUUGAAGCAAUUUCUUCCAUCAAAAACCUCCAACCUGCAUAUCCACUACAGGAUCAACUAGAAUCAAAUUCCAUUUUAUCACAGCAGUCCAAGAAUUUAAUAGACGAAGUAUUUGCAAACAAGACGGUCGAUUUUUCACCUCAGUUGUUGAAGCAACUUUUGCUUUUAAACUUACCCUCAACAUUGAAUCUCAAACUCAUCAAUGAAUACUACAAGCUUAAUCCGGACCCACAAACUAUUAUAGAUAGACUGGUUGCACUUAUUCCGCUUCGAAACGCAUUGUAUAAUGCCGACUUUCAAAGAGCUAUAAAGAUAUCUGACGUUACUGUUGGUCACCCAAAUUAUAUCGCGCACCAAGGUAACAUUCUCAAAAGCGGUAUCGUCAAACUUAUAUCAACCGCGGCGGCAAUAACCAUUUUUACCAAAUUUGGUGUUACAUCUAUGAUUGAUGCUGGGAUCUUGCCUCCGUCAUGGGACCAUUUAGGAGCAAUCAAUUCGAUUUUGUUGACAUACAUCAUAAACUCAAGCUUUUUUGUUGCUAUUGUUAAGUUUGGCCGACAACUCAUUAGCUCGGGAGGUGACUACUUAACGUGGCAGCGAGGGUCAUUCUAUUCGCAUUGGUUCAAGCAUGCAGAUGAAAUGUUGUUCAACUCCAAGAUCGUUGAGGCUGAUAGGAGCUUGAACAAUGGAGAGUCCAAUCCAGCUAUCACUGAGGAGAUUUGUCGACCUGCACCGGAGAUCCGCAGUAAUGUAGAUACUUUGAAUCCGGGGUACGAUCGUGAGGGUCACAAAAUUAGAUUGAUGCAGCUCAAGGAUGAUUUAGAGAAAUUGAAAUUUCAAGCUUAUUGGAUGACCGGAGGUGAUGGCUUCGAGUGGGUGGAGCCUGAUCAAGAUCCAGCGGAAAUUCAGUGGAGAGAGCACUUGGAAAAAUACAACAAGCCAGCAUUGAAUGAAGCUGAUAGAGAUGCGUUGAAAUGGGCAGACGACUUGAUCAGAGAGAGGUCUUGA